UCUGAUUCGCCCCCGCCGGGACGCGCCGAGCGGCUGCAACGACGGCCAUGGGAGCGAGAGCGGCGGCGGCGGCGGCCGUGGCGGUGGCCGCGGUGUUGGCGGCCUGCGGCGGCCGCGCGGAGAUUUGCAGAAGCAUGGACAUCCGCAACAACCUGACCCGGCUGAGCUUGCUGGAGAACUGCACGGUGAUUGAGGGCCACUUGCAAAUACUGCUGAUGUUUAAAACCAAGCCUGAAGAUUUCCGCGAGCUCAGCUUCCCCAAACUGACUAUGAUUACAGACUACUUGCUUCUGUUCCGUGUAUAUGGCCUGGAGAGCUUAAAGGGGCUCUUCCCCAACCUCACGGUGAUCCGAGGAACCCAUCUGUUCUUCAACUACGCGCUGGUCAUCUUUGAGAUGGUUCACCUGAAGGAGAUCGGCCUCUACAACCUGAUGAACAUCACGCGCGGCGCCGUGCGCAUCGAGAAGAACAACGAGCUGUGCUACCUGUCCACCAUCGACUGGUCGAGGAUUCUGGACUCCGUCGAGGACAACUACAUCAUCGCCAACAAGGACGACAAGGAGGAGUGCGGAGAUGUGUGUCCAGGAACCGUGAAAGGGAAAAGCAACUGCCCGCCCACCGUCAUCAACGGCAUCUUCAUCGAGCGCUGCUGGACCCACGACCGCUGCCAGCGAGUUUGCCCACCUGCCUGCAAGUCCCAGGGCUGCACGUCGGACGGGCAGUGCUGCCACAGCGAGUGCCUCGGGGACUGCACGGAGCCCAACAACGCGGAGCGGUGCGUGGCGUGCCGCAACUUCUACCUGGACGGGACGUGCGUGGAGACGUGCCCACCCGGGCACUACCGCUUCGAGGGCUGGCGCUGCGUCACCUUCAGCUUCUGCCAGGAGCUGCACAACAAGUGCAAGAGCGCCCGCGAGUCGGGCUGCCACGUCAUCCACAACAACGAGUGCGUCCACGAGUGCCCGUCGGGGUACAUCAUGAACUCCAGCAACUUGCACUGCACUCCUUGUGCAGGGCCCUGUCCAAAGGUUUGUGACUAUGGGAAAGAGAAGACUAUUGAUUCGGUGACGUCGGCACAGGAGCUCCGUGGCUGCACAGUUGUUAAUGGAAGCUUGGUUAUAAAUAUCCGUGGAGGAAAUAACAUAGCAGCUGAGCUAGAAGCGAAUCUUGGCUUGAUAGAAGAAAUCUCAGGUUACCUAAAAAUCCGCCGGUCUUAUGCCUUGGUUUCUCUUUCUUUUUUUCGUAAACUACAUCUGAUUAGAGGAGAAACACUGGAAGCUGGAAAUUAUUCAUUCUACGCCUUGGACAACCAGAAUCUUCGCCAGCUCUGGGACUGGAGUAAACACAACCUCACGAUAGCACGAGGCAAACUCUUCUUCCAUUAUAAUCCCAAACUGUGUUUGUCAGAAAUACACAAGAUGGAGGAGAUCUCUGGAACUAAGGGGCGUCAGGAGAGGAACGACAUAGCCCUGAAGACAAACGGUGACCAAGCUUCAUGUGAAAACGAAUUGCUGAAGUUCUCUUCCAUCAGAACAUCUCACGACAAGAUCCUGUUGAAGUGGGAGCCAUAUUGGCCUCCUGAUUUCCGUGACCUCCUGGGAUUUAUGCUCUUUUACAAAGAGGCUCCGUACCAAAACGUGACGGAGUUUGAUGGGCAGGAUGCCUGCGGCUCCAACAGCUGGACAGUGGUGGAUGUGGACCCGCCGCCGCGCUCCAACGAGCCCAAAGCCCAGGCCCAGCCAGGCUGGCUGCUGCGGGGCCUGAAGCCAUGGACACAGUAUGCUGUGUUUGUUAAAACUCUGGUCACCUUCUCAGAUGAACGAAGGACGUACGGUGCGAAGAGUGAGAUCAUCUACGUCCAGACCAACGCUACAGUUCCGUCAGUCCCAUUAGAUCCAAUUUCUGUUUCCAACUCUUCAUCCCAAAUCAUCCUGAAGUGGAAGCCGCCCUCAGAGCCCAAUGGCAACAUCACGCACUACCUGGUGUUCUGGCAGCAGCAGGCAGAAGACAGUGAGCUUUAUGAACUCGAUUACUGCUUGAAGGGAUUAAAACUGCCCUCAAGGACGUGGUCUCCUCCUUUUGAAUCUGAAGACCCUCAGAAGUACAACCAAAGCGAAAGUGAGGAUGUCAGUGGAGAAUGUUGUUCCUGCCCGAAAACCGACUCUCAGAUCCAGAAGGAGCUGGAGGAGUCUGCGUUCCGCAAGACCUUUGAGAACUACCUUCACAACGAGGUGUUCGUCCCCAGGCCAUCGAGGAAGAGAAGAGACCUGGGCUCCAUUGCAAAUGCCACCGUGGUGAUCCCCACCAUCCCGUCCUCUCCAAACUCUUCUGCAGCAGCAUCUGAGAGCGCAGAGGAACAGAAACCUUUUGAAAAGGUGAAGUUCAAGGAGUCCCUGGUGAUCUCCGGGCUGCGGCACUUCACGGGGUAUCGCAUUGAGCUCCAUGCCUGUAACCACGAUGCUCAGGAGUCCCGGUGCAGCGUUGCAGCUUAUGUCAGUGCCAGGACCAUGCCAGAAGCUAAGGCAGAUGACAUCGUUGGUCCAGUCACCCAUGAACUGGUUGAAAAAAACACCGUGCACUUGAAGUGGCAGGAGCCCAAGGAGCCGAAUGGCCUUAUUGUGCUGUAUGAAGUGAAUUACGGCCGUCUGGGGGAAGCAGAGGAAGCGCAUUUCUGCGUGUCCAGAAAGCACUUUGCCAGCGAGCAGGGCUGCAAACUGCGCGGGCUGCAGCCUGGAAACUACAGCGUGCGGAUCCGAGCGACGUCGCUGGCUGGGAACGGCUCCUGGACAGAGCCCACCUACUUCUACGUAGCUGAUUACCUGAACGCUCAGCCUAAUAUUGCUGUUAUAAUUGUUCCGAUUAUUUUUGCCAUAAUCAUUGCUGGAAUUAUUGGAGCUGCUUACGUGCUCGUGAAAAAGAGACAAACUGAAGGACCAACGGGGCCACUCUACGCGUCCUCUAACCCCGAAUACCUCAGUGCCAGUGAUGUGUACGUUCCUGAUGAGUGGGAGGUCCCACGGGAGAAGAUCGCUCUGCUCCGUGAGCUGGGCCAGGGCUCGUUUGGAAUGGUGUACGAGGGCAUUGCCAAGGACAUCGUGAAGGGAGAGCUGGAGACCCGCGUGGCUGUGAAAACGGUGAACGAGUCGGCCAGCCUGCGGGAGCGCAUCGAGUUCCUCAACGAAGCCUCUGUGAUGAAAGGCUUCAGCUGCCAUCACGUGGUUCGCCUCCUCGGGGUGGUCUCCAAGGGCCAACCCACGCUGGUGGUCAUGGAGUUGAUGGCACACGGGGACUUGAAAAGCUACCUGCGCUCUCUGAGACCCGACGCUGAGAAUAACCCUGGUCGUCCACCUCCAACACUGAGAGAAAUGAUCCAGAUGGCUGCGGAGAUCGCCGACGGCAUGGCCUAUCUGAAUGCCAAAAAGUUUGUUCACAGAGAUCUGGCAGCUCGGAACUGCAUGGUUGCAGAGGACUUCACUGUAAAAAUUGGAGACUUCGGCAUGACCAGGGAUAUCUACGAGACGGAUUAUUACCGAAAGGGCGGCAAAGGGCUUCUGCCUGUGCGCUGGAUGGCGCCCGAAUCGCUGAAGGACGGCGUGUUCACAACGUACUCAGACGUGUGGUCAUUUGGUGUUGUCCUGUGGGAGAUCAGCAGCUUAGCAGAGCAGCCGUACCAGGGACUCUCCAACGAACAGGUGCUGAAGUUUGUGAUGGAUGGAGGAUACCUGGAUCAGCCGGACAACUGCCCAGAGAGGCUGCACAACCUGAUGCAGAUGUGCUGGCAGUACAACCCCAAGAUGCGCCCCACCUUCAUUGAGGUCAUUGAGAUGCUGAAGGAGGAUUUGCACCCCAGCUUCCAAGAGGUUUCCUUCUUCUACAGCGAGGAGAACAAACCUCUGGAAACAGAGGAGUAUGAGAUGGACUUCGAGAACAUGGAGAGCAUCCCCCUCGACCCCUCCUCGUACACACAGAGGGACAAAGCCCUGGGGAGGGACAACGGGCCCUCCAUGGCCCUCAAGGGGAACUACGAGGAGCACAUACCUUACACUCACAUGAACGGUGGCAAGAAGAACGGGCGGAUCCUCUCCAUGCCCAGGUCGAGUCCUUCCUAACGCCUCCCGUGGCCCAAGGGUUGUGUCUGCUUUUCUCCCCUCCACGAAUCUCAGGACUCUUUGUUAUUGCUGCCGCAGUGUAUGACACACAUCUACAGACUCUUCAGAUUUUUAAUCAUCUUAUGAUUAAUACUUUUUUUUUUUUCCCUUUUUUUGCCAAGUUGACUGGUUGUCAGUGGACUUAUCUGUGAACAUAAAUGGAAGAGGUUUCCAUGGCUGCUCUCCUUUCUGUAACCAUGGUUUCAAAACAGGAAGCGACCGUGUCAGUUCAGCUGAAGGAGGAGCAUCUGCGUUUGCCAACAACAGCCGUGAAAUUCGCCGCUCUCUGAGCUGCGGUGUAACGGUGUGGAACAAACCUCAGCGGGGCAGCAACGUCCCCAGGAGAAUUCCAGGCUUCAGGCAUCCUCGUCACUACAGCCGAAGGUUCGACACCGCGGUCGGACGCGCCAGAUCCUCAGAUUGACCAAGAGCUGCUGCUUUCGUACUUUUUCCAUGGGUUAAAGCCCAGGGGUGCGUGCGUGUGCGUGCGUGUGUGCAGUAUACAUAUGUGGGGUGUAUAUGUAUAGCAAAAUAUACACUUCUGGUUUUUGUACAUAAGUUUUGUAUGUUCUCACGGAAGCUUUCCUCUUCUCGGAAGCGUGUACUUCUCUUUCUCCCGUUUCCCUGGAGUGACCGAAUCCUACACAGAUUAUUUUUAUACUGAGGACUCUUGGGAGUAGGUUUUCUCUCAUUAAUAAAUGAGGAAAAUAUGCUGAGAGCCAAAGGAGCAGAAAUCUGAGAUUUAUGGGUCCUUUCAAGACCAAACGAAGGAGGAGUCCCCAGACCUGAGAAACCGUUUUCUGUCCUUACAGCAUCGAGUAUAUAUAUUGUUUGUUGUAACAUAUUUAAAAUGUCUUUAGUUUAAAUUUUAACUUCAUAUAAAUUAUUGACUGUUUAUGGUCCUUUCGAGGAGGGGAGAGUUCGGGGGACUGUUUGGUCUUAAAGUGGUCCAAAGAUUUCAGAAGGAACUAAUUUUAGCCGGUUACCCUUUUAGGAGCUCUGAAGUACAUGUUAGGUUUAUACUUGACAAGGCUUUGUAAAACACUUUCAAGAUUUAUACAGUGCAGCGCAUCGGCCCAGCACUGCGGAGCGGUGGUGGCUCUGGUUGGGCUGUGGGGCGCCGCCGUGCGCUGCUGCUGCUGCUGCUGCUGCUUCACCUCGCUGCCCUCGUGCCUCCCGGGGCGCCGUGCCACAGCCGGGGGGCUGCAGGAGACGCGGAUGGGGCGAGUGGGGCCCUGCGUGGAGCGGGGCCUGGAUGGGACUCAGCCCCCCCCCCCCCCCCCCCGGCCGUGCGUUGGUGGGGAACGUCGACUUUGGUCCGUAUGGACCGAGCUUUGUUCUGCUGCUGUUUGCAUGAAGGCUGAUAAGCACAAAGCGUCGGAAAAUAACCGCGAAACGAAACGCGUCUCACUCUGAUGAGGGAGCAGGGAGAUGCUGAGAGCAAAAUGCAAAGGUUACCAGCAGGGAGCCCAGAGCCCCGCUGUGCCAGCAGGACGCCGUGGGGUCGGGGCACUGCGAGCAGCCGCGUGUGGGGCAGCCUCUGCUUUCCAAAGGCCUCGUUUACAUUUCUUGUGCUUUACCACGUAGUCACUGUUACCCAGCAGCUCUGUGCUACACUGCAGGAAAGAAGACAUAUUCUCACACUUUUCUAAGGAAGAGAAGUUUUUCUUACUAGAAUUUUUUUAUUUAUUUUAAUAUAUAGAACACUGUUAAAAAAAGAAAAAAAAAAAAGAAAAAAAAAAAAAAAGCUAAAUCAAUUUGCUGAAGAAAACACGCAGAAUCUGUAAAUUUGUAUCCGUGAAAUUGGGGCAGGUGGGUGCGGUGGGGUCGUUUUGUCCUGUUGUGGUGCAGUCUACCUCAGUGUUUCUUAAGGCUAUUUUUAAUACUGCGCACCUCAAAACCUGUUCUGAUGUUGUGGGCUGGACCUGUUGAGGGUCGGCGAAAGCAGUAUCAGCUGAUCCCAAAUCUGGGGCCGGAAGGGAGCGGAUGGAGCAGCUCCAUCACUGCUGAUCGCUGCUGUUAGUCGUAGUGACCAAAGGAAACUGCUUCCAGCUCCGAAUGCGCAGCAGCAAAUUUGGAUCUGAUACUCUGAUAUCAUCUUAGUUCUGUUGUGAUUGGAAAAGAAAACAAACACUAAAACAGACCCAUUGAAAUGGACGUUGUGAACAGAGGGGCAGGCGGCAGCCGCCUGCAGUGAGCCCUCCCUGUUGUUCUGACAUCUUAAACCGCAGUGGCUGUAACUGCAGGAAUAGAGCACUGUUUGCACCGGGCCUGUGCUGCCUCUGGCUCCGCAGCUCGGCUGAUGCCCGUUGGCUCUGUGGGCACACGCAGCGCUGCAGUGCUGUGCGUUGGACCUUGCAGUCGUCCUCACUGAGAGCAGCAGUGGUUGGACCCAGCGCUGUGCACGGCAGCCCCACUGCUGUCCUUCCUGCGUUGCUCCUGGCCAGGAGCGGUGUGGGGCAGCCAAGGGAGGACAUCCUCAGCCGCAGCGCUCCGCCCUGAUGGAAACAAACAGCCCCAACUGCCACUCGUUGGCUGUAAAAGAUGAUGCUCAGCUGCGGGAUUAGGAAGAGCAAAGGAACGUCAUCAUAGAGCCCAGCUCGGAGUUCGGGAAAACCCUCUGCAACCAGCUGCCACGUGAGGCCCUCCCUGCAGGGCAGCUCAGCAUGGUGCAGGGUGCUCCGCUGCCGUCCCAGCACAGAGCUGCAUGCACUGGGGAGCAGCCGCAGCCCUGUGGGAGCUGCAAGAGGUGCCCCGAGCAGCCGCAGCAUCGCGGCUUUGAAAGCCCACAGAGCAGGAAGCCACGGCACUGCUUUGCUGUGUGCUGUCAGCAGGUGUUGUUGUGGGGGCUGGAGAGGUCCCAGAAACAUUGGUUCCAUUCACUGCCCGUCUCCCAGACGCCUCUUGCAAACCCGGUUCUUCUCUUGCCGUACAGUGCAGCAUUGCAAAGCUUGUCUGCGAGGCUAAAAGCCCAGCGUGGCUGCUUGUAAAUACUGAUUGUGUUGUAAAAUAGAAGAGCUCAUUGUGUGAUAUUGCAAACUGUGUGCCAGCUCUGGGUGGGGAAAUGUGGUAGGAAAUAGACCAAGCUGCGAGGAGGGCAUGCUGUGCGGUGUGCAUAGGGAAGAGGCUGCUCGAUGGUUGCUGUAGGGUACUCAAAAUUGGUGGGUAGUAGAUCUCUUUCCUCCUAAAUUUGUAUUAUAGUAAUGGGGCACUUUGCUUAAUUUUACUUUUGUUGUGUUUAAUGUUGGUAUCUCUUUGGAAAACGUUGCUUACUGUGUUACUGACUGAAGGGUGAUGAAGGAGAAUGGCAAAGAGGAGCAGGAAGGGGCUGUGGCAGUUAUCUCCAAGCCCCCAUGGUAGGGGUGGCAGAGAGCCCAUGGGUUCCCUGAACAUGGCUGCGAUGCGGAUCCGGACCCUGAGGUCCUCCAGGGCUGUCAGUGCCAGCAGUGACACCCAGCAGUGAGCCUGGCCUCUCGCAGAGAGGAGGAUGCAUUGUGCCCCAGCACCGCGCUGUGCGCCGGGGGAAGGGGCUCUCGGAUGGGUUGGAAGCGACUUCAGAAGUGUGUGAAAUUCAAAGCAGGAUUCGUUCAGCAUCCGUAUGAACUGAAUUAAUUUGGCCUUUUUAUCAGCUUCUGCUUGCUCUGUGGUGGCUCCGCUCAGACGGACGUGUGGAGGAAUGGGACUUUUCAAUGCAAUUUGGGAGCUGCCGGUUUUACCAGAUCUGCUGUCGUUCAGUGUGCAUUUCUUUUUACAGUUAAAUUGCUUGUCCUUCUCAAAAGUAAGCACUUACUCUCGCAGGUUCAGCAAAAUAACUGCAGCACAAUGCAAGCGAUAGGGGGACGGGUCGAGAAAUGACUUUUAAAAUCUUGUAUAAUAAAGUUAGUAUCAACUCCUA